UUAAAAGAAUAUAAAUAAACGACGUCAGAAAUGGCAGAAGCAAAUCGCAGAGCUAACAUGUACGGACGGGAGACAAUGAACGCUGCUUCACUUCACCACCAGCAAACUCAGAUCGACGACGACGAUGACGACGGCGCCGUCGAUGCCGGCGCCGGAGUUGGAGCCGGCGGUAGCGGAGGCGGUGGAGGAGGAAUAGAGUCUAUGGACAACCCUACUUCUCACAUUCGCUACGAGCAACAUCAUCACUCUCAUUCUCACGCGCCGCUUCACAACGGCGGCGGAGGAGCUAUGGAGGCUGCUGGGAUGAAUGGUGUGGAAGGUGUUUCUCAUAACGCUUUGUAUGGUCCUCCUUCUGAAAUUGUUCCUACUGCUGGUAGUGGAGCUUCUGAUCAGCUUACGCUGUCGUUUCAAGGCGAAGUUUAUGUUUUUGAUUCCGUUUCACCUGAAAAGGUACUUCUUUUUACUUUAAUUUACAUUUUUGUGCUUAUUCAAAAUGUUUGCCCGAAAUUUUGGUUGACCUUUGUGUAGUGUGUUCUUUUAUGAGUUUAGCUGCAAAAGGUGCUUCUUUUAUUUAGAAAUAUUGUUCUUCUUUGUAAUGUUUGUCAGUUACUUGGAUUCUUGCUGUAUUUGUGUAAUGUGCUGCUGUCUAUAAGAGAUUGAGUGACUUAGGGGAAAGAUUUUCAUUUUGGAAUUGGGGAUAAUUCUAUAUUUGGCCAAAUAACCACCCUACUAGGGUGAGAAUACCUUAGUUGGGACAGGUUGAGCUAGAUGGCACUCGUCAAAGCGAGCCCUAUGUUAGGGUGCUUCGUGCUAUUCGCCUUUCAGAAGGGUGGCCCACACACGGACUGGGGGGGAAGGGUGGGAGACUAGCCUCAUUACUUCUCACCGAGCGAGAGGUGCACCUAACCCACUCAUCAGUCAAGGUGUUCAGCUAACUUGCACUGAUAGACCCCCUACUGUUGAUCAAUCACUGUAACUUGACUUUUGGAGUUGAGGUGAUUCAAGACUCUGAAAUUGGUCGUUUAUGAGAUUAGGUUGUAUUUGAUUGGUGAAUUUGUUAGCUUGUUUGUGUAUGGUGAAUUGGUUGAUAUUGAUUAAC